AUGUAUGAUCUACCCACUCAAUGGCAUUUGCGCAGAAUUGAUUCCUUACAACCUAGUGAUUGCAUCUAUGGUCUAGGUUAUGAUUCCAGCCAGCUCACAUGUGGGUUUUAUGUCACAAAUUUUGAUAAAGUUUGGAUGGAGGAGUUGGAUCGAGAGGAUUUAUCAAAAAGGGCAAGAGAAUUGGGCAUUGACGGAUUGACUGAUGAGAAAUUGCGUUUAAUAUUGGAUACAUUGGUGAAAGGCAUUCCUAACAAGGUAAACUUCAAGCAAAACUCUGAGCUUGUUCAUGCCCAGGUUGAUCUAGACUUUGCAUGGAAAUUUCAACUACAGGGCCAACCACCGGAGACAGUCAUCCAAUUUCUAUCCAAAUUGAACUUCCAACAGUUUUCCAAUAUUUCCUACUUGAGAUAUGAAAUUGGUCAGCUCAAACAUGUCUUGGAGGCAAAGGAAUCGUACUCCAGGUUUUUGGAACUAAAUUUCAAGCAGGCACAUGGUGAACUGUUGAUCAAGCAGUAUAAAAAGAACAACAAGGAGGUAAUUCAUCUCAUCACUAAUUUCAAUAAGCAGAAAUGGGAAAACGAGAUCAAAGAGGAAUACUUGAAGAGUCGACAACAGGACGCAAAAGCCGCUAACAAGCUUAAUCUUGAAAAUGCUAUAGCGUGUAAUUUUCCAGCAAGAGAAUCACAGUUGCCUUCAAGUAAUAAAUCCCUCGCCAAAAGAGCCCCCACCAGCACACCAAUUAGCCCUUCUAAGCGCUCUCGAACCAACAGCUUAUCGCUUAAAGAGUCUCCUAAACGCAAAAAAAUUGGUCAACUUUAG